CUUCCGCUGGUUCACUCUCCAGAUGGCUGCAAUGGUUGGAGUUGGGCCAGGCUGAAGCCAGGAGCCAGGAACUCCAUCUGUGUUUUCCACAUGGGUGGCAGGGGCCCAAACACUUGGGCCAUCUGCUGCUGCUUUUCCCAGGCCAUUAGCAGGGAGCUGGAUGGAAAGUGGAGCAGCUGGGACAUGAACUAGCACCCAUAUGGGAUGCCAGCCCCAACCUGUUGGAGUUUUGUGCUUCUUCCUUUUUAUUUUUUUGGAUAGAGAGAUUUGCGCAUGUGUAAGUGUUAGUAAAGAACCAAGGGAGAGGGUAUGGCAGAGAGGUCCAGCUAGACAGUGAUUUAAAAGGUUCUGUUGGAUUUAGCCCUAGGCUAGAAUGAGCCGUAUCUGUGAGAGGAGUCUCAGGGAGACUCAUUGCUGCGGGCCAGAAGCUGGCUAGGGGAGGUAGUGCUCAACCCUGAUGACCGAGAGGACAGCAGGCCAUGAAGUUAACUGGAGCAGGGUGGGGUUUGUUUGUUUGUUUGUUUUAGCAGUGACUUUCCCUUCUUGCUUAAAUGUUUAUUAAGAACAUAUGCUUUUUCUGGGACUGGUUGGUCCUUUUCUGGGUGGGCUCCUCUCGGCACAGCCUACCCUUUCCCUGAGUAGUGGGUGCCUCCUGAGGCUGUAUUGUCCUGGUCACUGCCUGUCCCCUCCUCAGCUGUGCUGUCCUCCCAACCUAAGGGAACAGUGUCUCCUGUCAGAGCUUUCUCGGCCACUUAUCUCAAGGCCAGCUUUGUUUCUUUGUUUUGUGUCAGAGCUAGACUCCUGUCUUAGAUGUCCUGAGAAUAGAAUAAUUUUUCCUUACUCGGGUUUCAUUCUGAAACCUUAGGUGCCAGCUUUGUUCUCUCUUUUCUCUUUCCCUGGAUGGGUGCCUGUUUGUUCUCUUGGAGGUUAGCUCUUUUCGUCUGUGGACUCUUUUCUUCCCUCCUCUUUUUCAAAUUUUAAAUGGUCCAAACAUGCCAGGGUGUUUUCCUCCUCUCUUUGGUCCACUGCUAGAACCCCUAGACUUGGCUCUCAGCACAGCAUCUGGGAUCAUUUCUCAGCUGUGUACUCCUGACAUUUUGGAGCAGUGGUCUUGAAGUUGAGCUCAAGAUAUCUUCAAAAAUAUGUGUUAUGUAUUCCUGAAUCUUUUGGCUGUUUGUUUUCCUCCUUCCUUCCUUCCUUCCUUCCAUCCAUCCAUCCAUCCAUCCAUCCAUGUGUGAAUGUCUGCAAAGUGUCAGACCCUGUUUUAGUUACUGGUGACAAAACGUUUGACAUGAACAAGCUCCUGCCUGCUCACGUUUAUGUGAGGUAGAAUAGAAUAAGCCAUCUUACCCCCUGCUGAACCAGCCCAUUGUGGGCAGGAACCAGGGGGUGCGGUGGCUCGGACUGCAUUAGCGCUUGGUGGAUGUGUGCAUCCUGCCUGUCAGAUAACCUUUUUGGCCUUGGUGUCCAGGUUCCUGUUUCUGUUCUCACCUGAGUCCCCACUGAUAGUGCUCACUGCCUUCUCCCAUUGGCUAUCUUCUCAUGGCCUUUGGGAUCUGUUGUCUUUGAGGAUUUCUGUUUUCUAGCAAUGCAGAACUGUAUUGGAUUUUUAAAAGUUACCCCAGUCCAUGCUGAUGAUUUUUAUGACCAUGCUGCAGCAGUUCCGUUUUGGUUUAUUUUGAAGCUUCCCCUCAUUUUGUGCACACAAAGAGCUCAGUGGAAUUAUAUUGCAAUUCAAAAGUAUAGACGUCAUUGACUGUGGACUAGCAUUGUGUGACUGCAUUUUGUCAGGUAAAUGGGUGAAGUGCAUAUUCCCACUCAACAAUUUUUUUUUAUUUAUUUGAAAGAUAGAGAAUCUUCCAUCCACUGGUUCACUCCUUAAAUGGCUGCAAGGGCCAGAGCUGGGCCAAUCCAAAACCAGGAGCCAGGACCUUCUUCCGGGUCUCCCACGUGGGUGCAGGGACCCAAACACUUGGGCCAUCCUCUGCUGGUUUCUCAGGCACAUUAGCAGGGAGCUGGGACUUGAACUGGCGCCCAUAUUGGAUGCUGGUGCUGCAGGUGGCAGCUUUACCUGCUACUCCACAUCACCGGUCCCUCAACAAAUAUUUUUAUGUUGACCAAAAUUGUUGUGAACCGUGGUUCGUGGGGAUCUAAUAACCAGGACAGUGUCAUGGCAGUGUCACAUUUGGUCUGUAAUUUAAUUUAAUGUUGCCCUACUAUCACACUUAUUUUUUGGCUUCUCACAAUAUGGAAAUGAUAGGGCUGCCUUUGUGUUUUAGCCUGUUCUGUUACCAGGUCUGUCCUAGGCUCUCACCUGGACCAGUUAAUGCUCAGCGCUGACUUUGUGAUGCUGUUCUCUCCUAAGUAUGGAAGUUGUUUAUGGAGGGGCUUGUGGAUCUGAGUUGCUCCUUUUAGAGCAUGGAAGAGACUCUAGUCCACCUGGGGGGAUGGUAUUAACCAGAAAGAUGACACGGGGAGAGAGAGAGAGAGGGAGAAGUAUGUGCUCACGUGCUCAUUCUUUGAGGUGCUGGUGGCCAGCUCACAAUGAGGAGAAGGGGCUGAGUGUCCGUUUCUUCAGAAGCAACAUCUUACUUUUGGGAGGAAGAUUGUAAUUUUCCAAUGGUGGGCACAUGUCCAUUUCUCAUAAGUAGAAAAACACAUUUUUAUAAAAAUAACCAACCCUGUACAGUUUAAAAUAUAUACCUGUUCUUGAUUUUACAUUAUAUCUGUCUUCUUUUUUGUAUAUAUUUUAUAAUUACUUGGUCUGAUUUUUUGGUUUAAAAACCAGAAAUACACAGAAACUGCCAAAUCCCCUAGUCAGCUGUCUUCAGAUUUUAAUUAUGCAGUGCAAACAACAUUGUUUCCCAAGGCUUCACUAACAUGUGAAUUGUUCUUGAGAUUUCCCAUUGAGGAAGAUUAUUAAAAUGUUACUCCUUUGCAAAAGUUGGCAUUGCAAUUUAGAAUGGUUACAAUGUUUAUCAAUGAUAAUGAAGCUCCUACCUGAGUUGUAAUUAAAAUGUUCAUAGAGGCUCUACUGUUUGUCCAUUGUGGUACAUAAGCUUAAUUGAAAACUUCCAUUUCUGACAUGUCCAGUUCCCUCAAUAAUGCCCCUUUACAAAACACAUUGGGGCCAGUACUGUGGUGUACAAUGAAGCUGCUGCCUGAGAUGUUGACAUGCUGAAUGCUGGUUCAAGUCCCAGCUGCUCCACUUCUGAUCCAGCUCCCUGCUAAUUGCCUGGGAAAGCAGUGGAAGAUGGCCCAUGUACUGGGCCCCAGCACCCAUGUAGGAGACCUGGAAGAAGCUCCUGGCUUCGGCCUGACCCAGCCCUGGCUGUUGUGGGCCAUUGGGGAGUAAACCAGUGGAUGGAAGUUUUCUCUCUGUGUCUCUUAUUCAUUCUCCCUGUAAUUGUGUCCGUCAAAUAAAUAAAUCUUUAAAAAAUGAAACAAAUUAGAGAAAUUCCAAAACUGCAUGGCCUCAUUUGAAAGAAUUGCCUGAGAAAUCUUAAAAGUCCAUGUAAAAUGCAUGUCAUGGAAAACCUAUACAUGGAUUUCAAAUGUUUUUGCAUAAAAAUUAUCCCUUAAUUCAUUUUCUAUGAAUUUUUUGAAUUCCUCAUAUAGGGAUUAAGCACAGAAGGGUUUGAGACAGCUGUGUUAUAUGAAGCUGUGUUCAUGGUUACUCCCUCUUGCCAGUCAGUUUAGGAAUUGUGGCUUGAUUUCUUAGACUGUUUGGUUUCUAAUAAUCGUCAGGUUUCAUUUGAUACCUGCAUUUUAAUAUUUACUCAGCAUUCUUUCUCAUUGUGGAUACUGACAUAACUUAGAUGAACUUGUGUACAAAUGCAAGUUAUGAAGAGAAUAGAGUUCUAUUUAAAUGGAAUGUGUACUUUAUAUCCAGAUUUUCAUUGUCUAGGAAGCUUGUCAUUUCACUGAACAUAAACAGCAGAGGCUUUCUGUGUCUCUAGUCUCCAAUUUAAUAAGGUUGUGAAUUAGCUUAGAGGAAGUACUCAUAAGCUAAUGUAAAUAAGGAGAAUCAAAAAAGUACCUGAGAACCAGGCAUGGAAACAGUAAGACUGUGCUUUCUGUGAGGGCAUGGUCUCUGCAGCCAUGCUUAUUGACAGGAGGGCUGACUGCUUCCGUAAGUGCAGGGUUUCAGUGACUCAGCACCAGAAGCAUGUGCUGUUCACCCGUGUGGACGCUCAGGUUGAGUGGACUUCCGUGUGACUGCUCCCAUGAUCGGCCUUCUUCCCCACCCUGCUGCAGCCUCCCCAGGGACUGGGGAGCUAGUCCCGCCUGCAGGUGGGACAGGAGCAGAGCCCCAUAGGAAGUGCUGUGGACCAGCUCAUGUUAUUUCUCAUCGCUGGCUGUGCACAGACCUGGCCUCAGCUCAUGUACGUUGGGCUGGAAAGUGUAACAUGGCGAGGAACCUCUGGAGCAGAGGGGACAUGGUGUUGCUGGCAUAGCCAGUUGCUGCCCUAGGCUGACCAGGAACUUGGCUAAGCAUCGUGGUGGCCAGAGUGAAAGGGCACCAUCCUUUGUGUGGUAGUUUCACCAUCCAUGUCCCGUCCUUAGUGUGUUCCCUGAUUUCACAUGUGGGGCUUGGCAUUGCUUACAUUGAAAGGUGUAGUAGGUGAUAUGCUCAGUGGCAUUCUUAUGGCACAUAGAACAGUGGUUUUUGUAAGACUGACUAUUGGCCGGCGCCGCGGCUCACUAGGCUAAUCCUCUGCCUUGCGGCGCCGGCACACCGGGUUCUAGUCCCGGUCGGGGCGCCGGAUUCUGUCCCGGUUGCCCCUCUUCCAGGCCAGCUCUCUGCUGUGGCCAGGGAGUGCAGUGGAGGAUGGCCCAGGUGCUUGGGCCCUGCACCCCAUGGGAGACCAGGAAAAGCACCUGGCUCCUGGCUCCUGCCAUGGGAUCAGCGUGGUGCGCCAGCCGCAGCCAUUGGAGGGUGAACCAACGGCAAAGGAAGACCUGUCUCUCUGUCUCUCUCUCUCACUGUCCACUCUGCCUGUCAAAAAAAAAAAAAAAAAAAAAACUAUUGUAAAAUCCUUAAAUGAAGUAAAGAUGCAACUUCAAGAUGUAUCUACCCAAGGCCAAAUCAACAUGGUUUGUAUACGUUCUAGUGGUAAGAGUGAACAUAGUCAUUCAGGAGUAGAAUUGAUCUCAGAUGGGAUUUUUGGUGGAAGAUGUACUAGAAGAUUAAAGUUACUCGUCUGAUGGGCUUGGCGUGCCAGUAUUUUCCGUCAUCCAUUACAGUUGGCUCUAGAAACUGAGAGAGAUGGUUGACUAAUUCAGUCAGUCUGCUCCAUGCCAUGCUUGUUCUAGAGCAGAGGACGGCCAGCUACAGCCUGGGGACCACACCUGGCUGCUCACCUGAUUUUGCAAAGAAAAUUGUAUCAGAACACAGACCUGUCCCUUUAUUUGUACAUUGUCUGUGGUUGUGUUAGUGCUGCAAGGCAGAGCUGAGGAGCACUAAGUGCUAACAGACGUUGUUCAACCUGCGGAGUAUUAGACAUUUGCUGUCUGGUCUUUUGCAGCAAGAAUUCUCAACCGCUGUUUUGGAGGACAAAUUUUCUGCCUUUUCUUUAGAGGCCUGCAUUCUAGUGGAGGAGAAAGAUAACAGACAACAUAUAAAUAUAUGUAGUAGCAAUAGCUGUAAAGAAAAUCAAGAGGGAGAGCAUACCUUGACAUAUUUUUAAAACUCUUUUCAUUUGAAAGAUGUACAGAUAUAGAUAGAUAUCGUCCAUCUUCUGGUUCACCUUUAAAAUGCCUACAACAUCCAAAGCUCAGCCAGGCUGAAGCCAGGAGCCAAGAACUCCCAUGUGCGUGACAGGAACGACGCAGGGCCAGGGGCUGCAGCUGUGUACUCCCAUAUGGGAUGUGGGCAGCUGAGCUGCUGUGCCAAAAUGCCUGCUCCAGAGCCUGCUGCAGUUUUUGAUUGAGUGAUUGGGGAAGGCCUCCUUGAAGUCACCUUGGAGAAGGUGUGAGUGAGUGAAGGUGUGAGCCAGCCAGGCACCUCCUUUGGGAAGGAGUCGUAUCUGGGGGAGGGGGAGAGGAACAGCAAGAGCAAAGGCUCUUGAGUGCUGAGUGCAGCAGGGAGGGCGAUUUGGGAGUGAGGUGAGUACUUGGGGACAGAGGAAGUAAGGGCUGGGUCAUGUAGGGCCACAUAGACUGCAGUGGCCCUCGGGAUUUUAUUCUGAGUGAGACACCAGGCACUAGCCAGGUUUUCAGCACGAAUAUGUUACCAUUUGAUUUGCAUUGUAAAAGAAUACUGGGGCUGCUGUGUGGAGGAGACUCCUAGACAGGAGGAGGAGCCUGCCAGUGUUAGGUUCUGUGCUCCUGAGAUGAAUCAGUGCCUGCCCUCAAGGGGCUGAUGAUAUCACAGUGUGUGGGGGGGAUUCUCUGAUGUGCUGCUACAGGUGGAACAGCAAAAGGUGCCCAUGGGAGGGGUGCCUGUUCCAAACUGGGAGGUGAUGCCUGGCUGAGAACUUAGAGGUACAAAGCAUGAUUCUGAUUCUAUACCUGAGCUCUGAGAUUGUUGCGAGGACUCCUUGGAUGCGAGAAUCACCUUGAACUGUGUGACCACAUGGACAGGUGGUUAGCCAGACCAUCAGACAUUCUGCUAAAGCACAGUUUUAAUUUUGAUUGCUGUCACUACUAAUAUCUGAGCCAAAAGUGGUAAUGCCACCUGAGGGAAAUCGCUGAGACCCCCUGAGUCAACAACUACCUGGUUUUGAGCCAUGCCUUUAGUGAAGAGGAACAUUGAACCCCGGCACUUGUGCCGGGGAGCUCUGCCCGAAGGGAUUACCAGUGAGCUUGAAUGUGUAACCAACAGUACUCUCGCUGCCAUCAUACGCCAGCUAAGCAGUCUGAGCAAACAUGCUGAAGACAUAUUUGGUGAGUUGUUUAAUGAGGCCAACAACUUCUACAUCAGAGCAAAUUCUCUUCAAGACAGAAUUGAUCGCCUUGCUGUCAAAGUUACCCAGCUGGAUUCCACAGUGGAAGAGGUGUCACUACAGGAUAUCAACAUGAAGAAAGCUUUCAAAAGUUCCACAGUCCAAGACCAGCAGGUGGUCUCCAAGAACAGCAUUCCCAACCCUGUCGCUGACAUUUACAACCAGAGCGACAAGCCACCACCCCUGAAUAUCCUGACACCGUACAGAGAUGAUAAGAAAGAUGGGCUGAAGUUCUAUACUGAUCCAUCCUAUUUCUUUGACCUCUGGAAAGAAAAAAUGCUACAGGACACGGAAGACAAAAGGAAAGAGAAAAGGCGUCAGAAGGAGCAAAAGCGUAUAGAUGGCACCACCCGUGAGGUGAAAAAGGUUAGAAAAGCCAGAAACAGGCGCCAGGAGUGGAAUAUGAUGGCGUAUGACAAAGAGCUUAGACCCGACAACAGGUUGUCUCAGAGCGUGUGCCACGGCGCAUCUUCCGAGGGAUCCCUGUCCCCAGACACUAGGUCUCACGCAUCGGAUGUCACGGAUUACUCUUACCCGGCCACUCCCAAUCAUUCUCUACACCCCCAGCCGGUGACCCCGUCCUACGCAGCUGGUGAUGCAGCACCACAUGGGCCCGCAACCCAGGCCCCCGAGCACGAGUACCGGCCCCCCUCAGCCUCGGCCAGGCACAUGGCCCUCAACAGACCUCAGCAGCCGCCGCCCCCGCCGCCCCCACAGGCCCCAGAGGGGUCGCAGGCCUCGGCACCGAUGGCUCCAGCAGAUUUCGGGAUGCUCCCAGCGCAGAUAAUAGAAUAUUACAACCCGUCAGGACCACCUCCGCCGCCGCCUCCACCCAUGAUUCCUUCAGCACAAACUGCCUUUGUCAGCCCCCUCCAGAUCCCCAUGCAGCCCCCAUUUCCUGCCUCAGCUGGCUCCACAUACUCAGCUCCUCCUCAUCCACCUGCCGCAGGGCUCCUGGUCACAGCGCCACCUCCCCCCGGCCCGCCCCCUCCCCCACCGGGCCCCCCUGGCCCUGGCUCCUCUCUGUCGUCUUCCCCGAUGCACGGCCCCCCAGUGGCUGAGGCAAAGCGUCCAGAGCCUGCGCAGCCGCCCAUCAGCGAUGCGCGAAGCGACCUCCUUGCUGCUAUUCGGAUGGGAAUUCAGCUGAAGAAGGUGCAGGAGCAGCGGGAGCAGGAGGCCAAGCGGGAGCCCAUUGGGGACGACGUGGCCACCAUCCUGUCCAGACGCAUUGCCGUGGAGUACAGCGACUCCGACGACGACUCGGAGUUUGACGAGAACGACUGGUCCGACUGAGGCCGAGCAGGCGGCCGCAGGUUGCAAGUGUCAGGAGGGUUGUACGUGGGCUCAGCACCCCAGUAGUGGUGUGAUAAUCCUGUAGCUUAGCACCUUUUGUAUUCACAAUGUGGUAUUGCUUCUGCACAUCCAACAAUUCCAGGUUUUUUCAGUAUUUACUGUGUAAUACUUAAGUGCCACUACACAUAGCAAAUCUUGCUGCACACGAGGAAAUACGCUGUAACUAUUGCAUUGUCCUCAAAACAGCACCUUGCUUCCCCUCGGCCGUGAAAGUAUUUAGUGCAGUUUGGGUUUACUCUCUAUCGAUCCUUACAGUUCUGCAGACUUGCUGUGUGUUUGUGAAACUGCCUGGCUUUGGGUCUUGGCAAGAUUAAUGACUGUGUGUCAGUGUGAUGUCUUCCAAUCAGUAAGUGAUAUUGUUUUCCAUCCAGGGAUUUUUUUUCCCUUUCUUUGUAAAAAUGUGUUUCCAAAGUUGGUUCUGCAGGGAAGGGUUUAGCAACACAGAAGAACCAAAUAUUUCUGCCUCCAGUUUCUCUGCUUGGCGGCCCCUGACUGAAUUUGAAUGCUCCAUUGAGUACUCUCAUUGCCUUUGCACACGCUUGUCAGACGUGGAAUCGGAAGGGCCCUCUCGGGGCAGGCCCCCCGGCAUUUGCCUGGUCAGUGCUUGUUGAUGAUCUUUGUGCAAGGAUUCAGCAGCUCCGUCAGGGUAAAGGAUCUGGGUGCUUUCUCCUUCGAGGGGCCUGUCAGGAUGCCAGUCAGAACACUGGCCAGCCCUCACAGUCCAGGAGCCCGCUGGCUGGGACAGCUGCGAGUGUGCAGGAGCUGCCCAGUGCGGCCCAGGGUGCAGCGCCCCUCCUGCCCCCUUUCCGGGUUAGCUGUGACCUAAGUGUGGUGGCCAGGGUUCGUGGCUCCUCCUCCACGCACAAAGAGAGGGCGUCAGAUGGCACCUCGCUCCACUGUCUGGAUCUGCAAAGCUCAGGUCUGGGUGAAAGGAGAUGCUAACAGCUAUUUCUUCACUUCUCUCGGUGCUGUGGCCAGAUUAGGGA